AUGUCGAAUCAUUAUUUGGCACAUUGCAUUCAUAACUUUGUCGAUCUUAAAGAAAGAAUUUAUAACAAUUUGGAGCAUCAGAAUCUGUAUGUGCUAGAUCUGAAUUGUGAUUAUGCUAUAAAAAUUUUACGACAGGCACAUUCGAAGAAAAUGUUCAUCGCCCCGAUGAAGUGGCUGCUUCUUCAGGAUCGAAGAAUGUUGAUCGAUAACGCCAACAUAACUUUUACAUAUGAUAACUUAGAGAUCUUUGAAGAUUUAGCUAUCUAUCCUGACAGUGAUGUGGUAUUUGUUCGAAGAUUCGAUAGUGAUUUUCUUCAACUGACAUCAGUAUAUCGACCGAGUCCACAACGAACAGUAAUAUGGGAAAAUCGCGGAAACUGGACAAUCAAAAACGGUUUACAAAUGAGUACUUUCGACGUGGCUUCGGCAAGAAGAAGGAAUCUUCAGCAGUCACAUCUUAAGUCUUGUCUCGUGAUGACAAAUCCUGACACGAUCAAUCACUUAACUGAUUUUAAAUAUAAUAUGAUAGAUCCUAUAACAAAGGUGAAUUAUAUCUGGAUACUUCAUUUAGUAAAUCGGAUGAACGCAACAAUAAGUUUUGAUAUUUCCAACAACUGGGGACGUAAUAAUAAUGGAUCCUGGGACGGGAUGAUCGGGAUGCUGCAACGACAUGAAAUUGACAUUGGCGGCACUUCUAUGUACAUGAUGGCGAAUCGCAUUCAUAUAUUAGAAUACAUUCAAUUAUAUACACGCACUGGUUUGUGUUUCGUGUUCCGACGACCAUUAUUGUCGACCAUAAAAAACAUCUUCACCUUACCCUUUCAAAGAAAUGUCUGGAUAGCAACCGGCAUAUUCCUUGUUCUUGUCUUUUGCUUGCUAUACAUGUCUAUGAAAUGGGAACACUAUCGAGGUACUUCGAAAAAAUCAGCAGCUUACUGGAAUCAAUUAAAUAUUAGCAAACCAACAAUCAUCGAUAAUCUUCUCGUCAUUUUAGGUGCAUUUGCGCAACAAGGAUAUUCAUAUGAGCCAUAUAGAAUCCCAUCUCGAAUCGUCACUCUUAUGUUAUUACUGACUUCGCUGAGCCUUUAUGCAGCUUAUACGGCGAAUAUAGUGGCUCUCUUGCAAACUACCACGGACUCGAUCAAAACCCUUUCCGGUCUCUUGCAUAGCCCGUUAACUUUAGGAGUACAAGAUAUAGUAUUUAAUCGAAAUUAUUUCAAGACUUUUCAAGACCCCAUCAGAAAAGCGAUUGUGGAGCAGAAGGUUGAACCAAAAGGGCACAAACCGAACUGGAUGAGUCUCGAAGAAGGAGUACGUCGUAUAAGAAAUGAACCUUUUGCAUUUCAUGGUAUACGAAGUCCGAUGUAUCACAUUAUGCAGAACACAUACCAGGAAGAAGAGAAAUGUGGCCUGACUGAGAUCGAUUAUUUGAAUGAGAUCUACCCGAUUAUUGCAAUUGCGAAAAAAUCACCUUAUUUAGAGAUAAUAAAAAAUGGAGCUUUGAAACUGCGAGAAUAUGGGCUCAUGUAUCGCGACGAGUAUCGCAUAUACAUAAAAAAACCGACUUGCUCGAGUCAGACUGGCUUCAUCACCAUCGGUUUUACGGAAUGCUAUUUUGCGAUAAUCACGAUGGGCUACGGAGCGUUAUUUAGCAUAAUUAUAUUUACUCUCGAAUUGUUAUGGCACAAAAGACAAAGUAUGAAUACGCCAGAAGAGACAGUUUCAACUAUGGUAGAAGAAAGGAAAUCUGGAAUCAUCGACGCGUGCGAGUACAAUAAAUUAAAUUAUUGCGAGAAAAAUGUGUAUUCAUUUGGCAAAAUUUAAAAGAAUUAAAACUUUCUAAAUAUCUGCUGAUGUAGCAAGCAAAUUAACUUGAUUACUUUGCAGAUUCUUUCCGCGAACGGAGAAAAGUCGGUAGUCAAUAUUAAUUUAGCGCACAUAUUAUUGUAAUAUA